AUGACGAGCCCGUUGGGAGGCGCGGCGCCAAUCUGCACGAGCUCCGCGGGAGCGCCUCGCGCGCCCCCGCCCGCGCCGCACGCACGCCAUGCUCCCGCCGGCGUCCUCGCGCGUGCGCCAUGCAUGGCUGGGGGGCGACCCUCCCACACGUCGGCCGCGCGGUGCGCCCCACGACGCGCCCUCCCUCCCGAGGCGGAACUGGACCAGCUCGCGUCAGACAUGGUGCUGUCCGGCCAGCUGGACGAGAUAGAGCUGCCGCGGCUGCACGAGAUGCACCACGCCCUCAACCUGACCAACGGGCUCGAGGCGGCCCCGAUCCUCUCCGAGCUGGGCCUUCCAUACUCCUUCACGCGCCUCCAGUCGACGGCGUGCGAGCAGCAGCUGUUCAACCAGAUCCUGCUCGACGUUGGACCGGACCUGAUGAUGCGCCUCGCGCUCGGCGAAACGGUGUGCGUGUGGGACUUUGGCAGCAGGAACAGGAAGCGGGGGAUACCGCGCGCGCUGUGGUACGGGCUCGAGUGGACGCGAUGGUGCCUCGAGCGCGAGUGGCUCGGACGCAAGGGCGACGGCAUCCUGCGCGGGUACAACGUCACGCGGGAGUUUGUCGACCACGCCAACUCCCUCGAGAAGGGCGUGAAGCGACGCGUCAGGUACUUCAAACAGUUCUGUCCCGCCGACAUGGAGCGCGUGUCGCUCGUCGGCGCGUAUAGGGCGACGGAGCACGACGACGACAAAGAGUUCUACCGCCGCGCCGCGUCGGCGCUGCAGCUGCGACCCGGCCACGAGCAGCGCAGCGGUGGGGACGUAGGAGCGCUUCCGGCGCGCGAGGUGCUGCGCCGGAGCGGGUUCAAGCUGUUCGUGGGCGGCGCGUGCCACUCGGAGUACCAGCGCGCGAAGCGGCGCAUCAUCGCCGAGCGCGAAGGGGGUUGA